AUGGAGAGUGUGAGGAACAUGGCAUCAGAGAGACCAGUGGUGAUCUUCAGUAAGAGCUCAUGUUGCAUGUGUCACACUAUCAAGACCCUCUUUUCUGAUUUCGGAGUGAACCCUAUGGUUCAUGAGUUGGACGAGAUGCCAGCAGGGAGGGAGGUUGAGCAAGCCCUUUUGAGACUAGGGUGCAGCCCGGCCGUGCCGGCGGUGUUCAUCGACGGCGAGCUAGUUGGUGGAGCCAAUGAAGUAAUGAGCCUUCACCUUAACCGUUGCAAGUCAAAGAUAGGAUAUUGCCAGAUAUUGUGA